AUGUCUGGCAGAGGGAAAGGAGGCAAAGGACUGGGCAAAGGCGGAGCGAAGCGGCACCGUAAAGUGCUCCGUGAUAACAUCCAGGGCAUCACCAAACCGGCCAUCCGGCGUCUGGCUCGCCGUGGCGGCGUCAAGCGGAUCUCGGGUCUGAUCUACGAGGAGACCCGCGGGGUGCUAAAGGUUUUCCUGGAGAAUGUGAUCCGGGAUGCGGUCACCUACACUGAACACGCCAAGCGCAAGACGGUCACUGCCAUGGAUGUGGUGUACGCUCUGAAACGCCAGGGCCGUCGAGCGCCAAUCACAGUGCAUUCCGAUUGGAUGAAGUCCGACCGCCACAGAAUGGCCCGCACCAAGCAGACAGCGCGCAAAUCGACUGGCGGAAAAGCUCCUCGCAAACAGUUGGCGACCAAAGCGGCGCGGAAGAGCGCUCCUGCCACCGGCGGAGUGAAGAAGCCUCAUCGCUACCGGCCCGGCACCGUGGCUCUGAGGGAGAUCCGGCGCUACCAGAAAUCCACCGAGCUGCUCAUCCGGAAGCUUCCCUUCCAGCGCCUGGUCCGGGAGAUCGCUCAGGACUUCAAAACCGAUCUGCGUUUCCAGAGCUCGGCCGUCAUGGCCCUGCAGGAGGCAAGUGAGGCUUACAUGGUCGGGCUCUUUGAGGACACUAACCUAGCCAUUGUCAGCAUCAUGUCCGGCAGAGGGAAAGGAGGCAAAGGACUGGGCAAAGGCGGAGCGAAGCGGCACCGUAAAGUGCUCCGUGAUAAUAUCCAGGGCAUCACCAAACCGGCCAUCCGGCGUCUGGCUCGCCGUGGCGGCGUCAAGCGGAUCUCGGGUCUGAUCAACGAGGAGACCCGCGGGGUGCUGAAGGUUUUCCUGGAGAAUGUGAUUCCGGGAUGCGGUCACCUACACUGAACACGCCAAGCGCAAGACGGUCACUGCCAUGGAUGUGGUGUACGCUCUGAAACGCCAGGGCCGGACUCUCUAUGGGUUCGGCGGCUGAAA